GCUUCCUUGUCAAGAUGGCGGCUCCCUUGACUCUGCUGCUGAUUGUGGCCGUGACGAUCCGCGCGGCUCUGUUCAGGUCCAGUUUGGCGGAACUGAUCGCGGAGCGGGUGGAGGUGGUGUCGCCGAUAACCGCCUGGAAGAGAGUGGUUGAAGGUUUGGCUCUGCUUGACUUGGGAGUUUCACCGUAUGCUGGAGAUGUUUUCCAUGAGACUCCUCUCAUCAUCUACCUCUUUCACUUUCUGGUGGACUACGCAGAGAUCACAUUUAUGCUCGCCGACGUGAUCACUGCUGUGGCUCUGUACGUGGCAGUGAAGGAACACAACAAACAAGUGUUCAGGAAGCAGAAGUUUGCGUUGGAGGCUGACCGUUACCCCCUGGACUGUCUGGAGCUCAUCAGAAGCCCCAAAGAAAUGUUCUACACCCCCCUGAAAGUGGCCAUGUUUUACCUGCUGAACCCGUUCACCAUCUUGUCCUGUGUCGCCAAGUCAACCUGUGGCCUGAACAACGCCGUCCUCGCCCUGUUCGUCCUCUCCACGAUAAAGGGAAAUGUCUUACUGAGUGCCGUGUUCCUUUGCUUGGCCACGUAUCAGUCCAUCUAUCCCGUCACCCUGUGCGCUGCUGCGAUGCUGUAUUUUAUGCAGCGUCAGUUCAUCCCUGUGAAUCUUCGGCGGGCCAGUUUCUGGUGGUUCGUCGUGCAGUACCUCUUCAUGUUCCUCGGCAGCCUGUUUGUCAUCAUCUGUCUCUCCUUUUUCCUGCUCGGCUCCUGGGACUACCUGCCCUCUGUCUACGGCUUCAUUCUCUCGGUUCCUGACCUCACCCCGAACAUCGGCCUCUUCUGGUAUUUCUUUGCAGAGAUGUUUGAACAUUUCCGCCUCUUCUUCCUCUGCGUCUUCCAGAUUAAUGUUUUCUUCUACACCAUCCCUCUGUCCAUCAAACUCAAGGAGCAUCCUGUGUUCCUGAUGUUCAUGCAGUUAGCUGUGAUCUCCAUCUUUAAGUCUUACCCCACUGUGGGAGACGUCGCCCUCUACCUGGCCUUCCUACCUGUGUGGAGUCACCUGCACAGAUUCCUGAGGAACAUCUUCCUGGUGUCCUGCGUCCUCCUGGCCUGUUCGGCUCUGUUCCCGGUUCUCUGGCACCUCUGGAUCUACGCUGGCAGCGCCAACUCCAACUUCUACUACGCCAUCACGCUGCUCUUCAACGUGGCGCAGAUCCUGUUGGUGUCGGAUUAUUUCUACGCGUUCUUGAGGAGGGAGCACCACCUCACCUAUGGGCUGUACCUGAAGAGGAAGGACGGCUCUGAGGCGACGCUGGUCCUCAAAUAAAACCCACCCAGGCUUCCUGUGAAGGGAGGAGGAAGCUGCUCGACGCCUCCUUCCGUCCUCAGAGGAACAAACCAAAACUGGAGGAUAAAAACUCUGAGAGCAGCUCCGGUCCUCCGAUCAGAAGCACACGUGCAGAACGUGUGCACGUUACAGCGUCAUAUGCAAACAACAGAACUGCAACAUACAAAUGACAGGCGCGUGUGGGGUGUCGACAUGUGGCUCCACCUGUAACCCACACCUGUUAGCUCCACCUGUUAGCUCCACCUGUUAGCCACUCUGGAAGAAGUUUGUUUUGAAGCUCUGUUGGUCUCACAGCUCCAGAUUUUAUUUUGAAACCCCAGCUCUCUCUCUGGGGUGAACUUUUCUUCUAAUUUUUCCUUUCGUGUUCGGAUCCUUCCUGAUAGUCCGCUCGCCCACGUUCACUUUUCUGCUGCUUCCCGUUCUCUUUGUGUUAGUGUUUUAUGAGCUUCUGUUUAACACUGUUGGCCUUUUAUGCAGGUUGUUAGUCAUCUGCAGUAAAACCGGUUAAACCUCAUCCUGUUGAAACACUGCCGGGAAACUGGAACAUUUGUCCGAAGCCGUGAUUCCCAAACAUCAGAUCACAACAGUGACUGAGUUUAGCCUGUGUGGACAGGAACAGGUCACGGUCUGCAGUACCACCCUGAGCCUGUGGGG